CCGAUGCCCAUUCGUGAUCCGGGUUUCAAAACAUUAACAUUGAAAGACGGCAGACGACGAGCCUCGAACAGCGCCUGUUGGACCCUGGCGUCUACGGCUGCACUGGUACAAUCGCCACCGCCUUGCUCGUCUGUCUGCAUCAUCCUCUUGGACUUCUUGGGAAAAGAGACGCGGGUUGUCUGCCGAAGAGAAGUCAGUCAGUCGUUCCUUCCUCGAUCACAAGCCGCAGUGAGGCUGUUUUAUUAGUCAGAACCGAGGGCAGGGUCGGGUAGAGAACCGAAGUGCUGAACUUGAUCGUCCCUUGCUUUGGCUGCUACUACUACCUGCUGCAUUCAGGUUGCUCCCGUCCCGGGGCACUGUCACUUUGACCUGCCGUAGGUUGCCGCUGCCAUCGUCGGUUCACGGCCAGACAGACUAGGGGGAACCUUCACUUGUUAGAAUCAUAUGCAUUCUCAGGCAAUCUUUUACUUUUGACACUCUCCGUUACGGGCAUACAUACAUCUCUACUCGAGGAUUCCCGGUGACAGCUGCCAACCGAAUCAAGAGCUCUCAUCGACAGGACCUCCACAAGACAUCAACCACAGCCAAAGAACAUCACUUGGAGGAUCUACCUCCAGCCGCCAAAAUGCCUAUCAUCAACGGCCAGAAGAUGGCCUGUGCGCCAUGUAUUCGCGGCCAUCGUUCGACAAAAUGCACUCAUGCCUCCGAGCGCGUUAUGGUGCCCGUUAGAAAACCAGGACGGCCCCUAAGCCUUUGCGCUUGUCCAAACCGGCCUCCAAACUGCUCUUGCGGAGGUGGAGGCGUGAAGGUAGCGAUUCCCCGAAAGCAAACGUGCGGAUGUGGUUCUGUUCAUGGUAAUUCCACAGAAGACCAUUCGCCUACGGCCGCUGCCCAAGGCAUCCCGGCGCCUCGCCUUCAUGCCUCUUCAUCAACCCCGGCGCGACCUGGUGCAAGGGUGAGCAAAUCGGGUUCCAUAUCGAAGCCACAUUCUCGGCAUCAGUUGCCGACGUUUGAACUAUACUUAACGAAACUCGGAACACAAAGUCAAAGUAGACCAGCGUCUCAAAGCAGUCCAUCGACCUGUUGUGGUGGUAGUCGUGAUUUACAAGGAUCUCAACUGCGUGUUAAUGGCUCUAUCGCUAUGCCUCAGUCGGGUUACGGACAGUCUUCCGCAAACCCUAUGCAGUUCAACGCUCAACCUGCUUUACAGCUUAAGGAGCAGCAACAACUCCCAACGUCCACAGGCGUGCCCUCUGAUUACCAGACCGUCUUUCGGUAUCCAGAAGAGUAUGGCUCCUGGAACCACCCUCUUGACCCCCAAACCUACCAACAAAUGAUCCACCAAGAGGCCGCUCCCGCACAGGCAGCCCAGCAAGGAGCCGACCUCGGCCUUGGUCUAUUCAUGUCUGGUGCGGGAGGUGAUGGCACUGGCACAAGCCACGAAUGCACUUGCGGUCCUGGCUGUCAAUGCAUCGGAUGUGUCGCACAUCUUUACAACAGUCCAACCAUUCACUAUGUCCAGGACGCUUAUAACCUCAACAUUGCUAGUUUCAUCGGCAGUCCCGCUGGUAGCAGCCAUCACAGCAGUCUGGACUUUGCUGCUACUGUUGGGGUUCAGCAACAGCAACAGCAAAAAUACCAAAUCAGCAGCCCUAUUCGUGGUUCUCGAACCGUCCAACAGCAGCAAUCUCAGCAGCAACUGCCGCCCGACUCGCCAGUCGAGGCCCAGACGCCCAGCGACGCAUCAGGUACCCCUAGUAGCGAAGAACAAAACCUCUCUACGAAGGACUUUUGGUGGGCCACCAUCCCUUUACCUAACUGUGCCGGCGAGUCUCUAUUUUGUCCGUGUGGAGAUGAUUGCGGCUGUGUCGGAUGCGUCAUUCAUGGGAAGGUGGUGCCUUCUUUGCUCGGUGGUGGAGAGGCGUUGGAGCAACAACAGGUGUAUGACGUAGGUCAACAUCAGCAGGUUCCAAGCCAGGGCCACGAGGCUUUGAUGCCCAUGUCGGAUGGAUUACCACAGGGAAUGAUACCUAAUGGCCCUUUGGGUAUGAUUCCCCUCACCCAGCGGAUAGGGGCGGUAGGCAUGAGUGGCUUGAGCGCUCUACACGGUGGGGACAUGAGCAGUGAUAUGAACAACGCGGUGUCUAGUCCUCGCACGCUCCAUGCGCCCUUUGGUAUCGACGAUAUCCUCAGGGCUCCUGCCAGUGGCGGCGGCGGUGGUGGUGGCGGAAGUUGUUGCGGAGGCAGGGGAGCUGGUGGUGGUGGUGGUGGUGGUGGUGGUGGUGGUGGUGCUGGCAGAAGCACAGAGGUGUCCGUCCCUUAGGAGGAGGAGUAGACCAAAUUUGAUUUGCCCAAGCUUUCGACGAAAGAUGGCGAAAAGCCUGAUGAGCCGGUUCGAGGCGGAGAGAAGAGAAAACAAGACAAAACGGAUGAGACAAUAAAAAAACCUAAGUUGGGAAGAUGAACACCUGUUGAAAGUGGACAUAUACGAUUCGCCACACCCGGAUUCGAGAAACAUGGAUCGCAGGUGGUAGCAGGUUAUCGAAAGAGAAGGACGGUAAGCGAGCGGUUGGCACAAGCGUAUACAUAUAUACCCAUAGCUAUUAGCUGGAAAAGGACAAGGCAAGCGAUAACGUAGUACAUAAAUAUAUAAGGCCUUGAUGGCAAUUCCCCUCUCACA